AUGAUUUUCGCGCAGAUUGCCAUUUUCGUGAUUAUUGUCAUGCUAUUAUGCUGCAAAUUCGCGAAUCGAAUGCGCGGUCUUCCGGCCGGACCAACACCGUGGCCAUUCGUGGGAAACGUGUGGCAAGCUCCAAUGGAAAACAUCGAUCUGGUUCUGAACGAAUUCAAGAAAAAAUACGGCGGCAUUUUCACACUCUGGCUUCCAUAUCCGACGGUUGUCAUCGCCGACCACGAAAUGCUGAAGCGAAAUAUUGUACGGAAUGGCGAGGCAUUCUCCGGCCGUCCUGACACUUUCAUCAUGGACAUGCUUGUUCAGGGAAACUACGGUUUGUUUUUCAUGGAGAAUUACUGGUGGAAAGCGCAGCGGCGAUUCACUACCCACAUCUUUCGCUCAUUGGGCGUUGGUCAGGCUGGAACACAGGACACGAUUGCGUCAUUGGCGACGAGUCUCGUCGACAAAGUUCAAAGUGAAAACGGAAAUGCGUUCGAGUUGCGGCCGUACCUUGUGCAUGUCGUCGGCAAUGUGAUCCACAAACAUUUGUUCGGUUUCACUCGCGAGUGGGAGGAGACUGAUAUUCACGAUUUCCAUGUGGCGAUCAAUGAAGUUCUGGAGAAUUUCACAUCACCAAAAACCCAACUUCUCGAUGCGUGGCCGUGGCUGGCAUAUCUAGAUCGGCCAUUGAGUUUGGGCAUCCCGACGGCCACCAGAGCCAAUGACGCAAUUCUUCUAACAUUGGAGCAGGCACUCGCAGAACACAAAAGCUCAAUAAACUACGAUGAAGAGCCAUCGAGUUACAUGGACGCAUUUCUAAAAGAAAUCAAAAGCCGAGCGGCGGAAAAUGCUCUAGUUGACGGAUUCACCGAAAAACAACUAAUUGUGGCAAUUUACGAUUUGUACAGCGCCGGAAUGGAGACGAUCAUAAUUGUGAUUCGAUUCGCGUUUCUCUACUUGAUCAACAAUCCCGAAAUGCAGAUGAGGAUUCACGAGGAAAUCGAUCGCGAGAUUGGCAGAGAGAGACAAAUCGUGAUGGACGAUCAAAAACGACUACCCUACACAUGCGCAUUCCUCCAAGAAGUCUACCGUCUGGGCUAUGUGUUGCCAGUCAAUUUUUUGCGAUCGACACUACAACAUGUACCCGACUGUGAAGGCUACAGCCUACAGCCGGGCACGCGAGUCAUCGCACAAUUCCAGUCGGUGCACGUCGACAAGAAACACUUCGAUGAUCCGCAAGUGUUCCGGCCAGAGAGAUUUUUGAAUGAAAACGGCGACUAUGUGCGCGACGAUCGAGUGAAUCCAUUCUCAUUGGGAAAACGAUCGUGUCUCGGCGAGAACUUGGCAAGAAUGGAAGUGUUCCUCUAUUUCUGCACUCUCGUUCAGCACUUCGAAUGGAAGCCUGAACGAGCGAACAGCCCGCCGCCAGUGGAAGUCAUCACAUCCUCGCUGCGAGCACCGAGAUCAUUCAAACUCUGCGCACUUCGCCGCUAA